CAAGUGUCACGCGAGAAUGGCAUAGCAGUCAUGUCACGUUACGAUAACAAUAUGAAAGUGAGUUACGUCACCCAUUAGACAUGACGUCGCCACCAUUAUCAAUGCGUAUAAUGGCGAAAUAUGAUACAUUACAUCCCACAAUCCUAGGUUAGGUGCCUACCUACCAGCUUGUGGAGUGUAGGGCAAGCCAGAGUUAAUUUGAUUGAAGUAAGUACUUCAUCUUUGAGAAACUCAAUUGAUUUAAUCCCUUAAAACCUCACCUGCUGAUCCAUUUUUCCUGUCUGUAAGUCCGUGGCGGCAACGCACAACCUCAGCGAAUUCGCUACGUGCUCGAAUCGCUUUCAACUCUCCCUCAAAUGGCAAGUAGUGUGAUAAGACUCAAAAAGAAAACGCGACGCGCGACCCGACAUAGCAACGCGACUUAUCGACCGACCUUGUAGCACAACACGGCAACGUCGCAGUCGCGACUCGUUGCCGCAGCAACGUCGCGUCGCUAGUCGCGCCCCGCCUGUCGCUCGUAUCAGUCAUGGCGAUGGAAGCCAAAAGUGUCGUUGAUUCGCUCAUUCUAGAAGUCAAAAAUCGGCCGAUUCUGUGGGAUAAGAAGCAUGAGUUGCACAAAAAUCGAGCAGUGAUCGACAGAGUUUGGGAUGAAGUGUCUGCAGCUGUUGGCAAAAACAAGGACCAAAUAAAGAUGAAAUGGCGAAACCUGCGAGACCAAUUCUCAAGAGAAGUAAAAAAGAAUCCGAUAGGGGAAGAUGGAGGCCCACUAAUAGAAAAAUACAACGGGAAAUGGGCGUACUAUGACUCACUUACAUUCCUCAAAGACAAUGUUUAUUGGAAUCCUUCUGAUGAUAUCAAACUUGAAGACAGCCAGGACGGAUAUGUCAAUGAUUACAAAAGAGACAGAGAACCUGAUAUCAGCGUCAUUAUCAAAAGAGAUCCUGAUAUAGAUGAGGAUAUUGAGAGAGAUAUUGAAGGGGAUCGCUUCUUAGAUCCCUUAGAAGCAUUAGAAGUUCAAGAAGAUACGUCUGAUUCAAAUUUAGUGACGGCAGAAACAAAUGAAGUUCCUAGGAAAAGAUUAUGCCAAAGGAAAGUAAGGACAUAUUACCAAAGGCAGUUGCCGAGUGAAGGAUCGCAAGCUGCGAGAUCAAGUAGGGAAAUAGAUGAUGACUUGCAUUUUGCGUUAUCUUUGGUACCGUAUUUGAGAAGUUUGGAUCCAUUAAGGAAGUUGAUAAUUAGGAAUGAAAUGCAGAAUUUGUUGAUAGGGGAAUUGAUGGAAACGAAUGCUGGGCCGUAUACUCCGAAAAGUAAUAAAUAAGUUAGUGUAAAGGGCAUAAAGUUUGAAGUUAGAGUGGCAAUGGACUUAUUAAUAUUGCCUAUAUUUAGUUAGCAGCAAAUAAAAGCUUUCCAAACAAAAAAAUUAUGUACAAUGAAAAUGUAAAAAAAAUCUAGUAUUGAUUACCCUCUCAUUAGGUACCUACCUAUACUCUAUAGAUCUGUAUAUAUCUCUUUCAGUAGUUCUUUAUUAAUUUAUUUUUGUUUAGGUUUAUAAUUACCUUCUAAAAGGUGCAAAAUAUGUACCUCGGUUAAAAUCAUUACUACAUAAAACUCAAAAAUGUAACUUUGUCGGGCGCAAAUUUCAUAGAGGUUAAUUCAUUAAACAUUUUGGUUGUAUGAUUAAACACACCUUGUUUAAGAUACGAAAAAGAGCUGUAUGGCUAUUUAAACAUGA